UUAGCAUUGUGAAUUACAAUUCACAAUGCCGAUUCCGGCGACUCAAAUCGCGGGAUUAGCGAAUGGGAUAAAUGGAUCCAGGAAAGUGAAACCAAAUAAUUUGAAGAAAUUGUUUACUAAGGCGUUUCGUUCCACUGCUGUUAAAUCCAUUUUCAAAUCGAAGGCUAAGCGUAAGCCUCCCGCUGAGAUUGUUCGUCGGGUGAGAUUUUUGUUGGAGGCUGUUGAUUCCCUGGAUGACAAUGUUGAUCCCAGUCAUUUUGACAAGAUGGAAGAACUGGAUUCUCUUUUACAUGAGCUGAAAGCAAUGUUGUAUGGUAGUAAUGAAUGUGAACCUGCUGUUGAUGCGUGCGCGCAAUUGACUCAGGAGUUUUUUCGAGAGAAUACAUUUCGUCUCAUCAUCAUUUGUUUACCUAAAUUGAACUUGGAGGCUCGUAAAGAUGUCACACGAAUUGUGGCCAAUCUACAAAGGCAACCAGUUAAUUCACGCUUGAUUGCAUCUGAUUAUUUGGAAGCCAACUCGGACCUUAUGGAUCAUUUGGUAUGCGGAUAUGAUGAUCCAGGUCUUGCUUUGCAUUACGGAACAAUGUUGAGGGAGUGUAUUCGCCAUCAAGUUGUUGCAAGAUACGUAUUAAACUCCGAGCACAUGAAAAAGUUUUUCGAUUACAUGCAAAUCCCAGAAUUUGAUGUUGCUGCAGAUGCUACAGCGACCUUUAAGGAGCUUAUGACCAGGCAUAAAUCCACAGUAGCUGAAUUUCUCUCUGAAAAUUAUGAUUGGUUCUUUGUUGAAUUUAAUGCGAAGCUUUUGGAAUCAGCAAACUAUAUCACCAGAAGACAAGCUAUCAAGCUUUUGGGAGAUAUUUUACUUGAUCGCUCAAAUUCUGCUGUGAUGACACGCUAUGUCAGCUCGAAGGAUAAUCUAAGGAUUUUGAUGAAUCUUUUGAGGGAGGCUAGCAAGAACAUUCAACUAGAUGCAUUUCACGUGUUCAAGCUUUUCGUUGCCAAUAGAAACAAGCCUACUGACAUUGUCAACAUAAUCGUUGCCAAUAGAAGCAAGCUUCUACGUUUCUUUGCAAGUUUCAGGAUCGAUAAAGAAGAUGAACAAUUCGAAGCAGAUAAAGCUCAAGUUGUGAAAGAAAUUGCAGAACUUGAAGCAAAAGGACCUCUUUUCUCAGGGGAACUGCAUAAAUUUCCCGGUACACCUACUGCUUCAGGAGAACUGUAUAAGUUACCAACAACACCUCUCUCGAGACAACUUACAUAAUUUCCCAGAACUACGUUCCAUGAGACCAACUACAAGCUCUGGAGAAUCGCAAAAGCUUUAGUAUACGAGUCAUUGUUUUAUGAAUUAUACUAAAAUAAACGUUUUUUUAAAACUUUUUGAGUCUGUUGAUCAAAGAAUUACUAAAUGCAGUGGAGUAUGUCAUCUUUGCUCUGGUUAUUUGAAAGAGCAUCGAUAAGAAACAUGUUAUUCAU